CCUUCCUUCGUCCCCAAGGCCCAAACCGCGGGGUGCGGCUCGGCCCCUUCCUCGCCGCCCUUUUCUCGCGCACUCGGCACUCGCAUAGUCAUCGCAUCUUGGCUGCUCACCCCCCCCGGCACCUGCAGAAUCCCCAUCCGCCUUCCACUUCCACCGAGGCGGAGGAUGGCCUCCGACGACAGCAGCUCGAGCCACCCGACGGAGAAGAAGGAGGAGGCCGCCGCCGCCGCCGCCGGUGGAGCUGGCUUCGACGACCUGGAGGACCCGCGGUUCCAGUGCUGCGUAUGCCUGGAGCUUCUCUAUAAACCAGUUGUUAUUGCAUGUGGUCAUAUGUCAUGUUUCUGGUGCGUCCAUAAAGCUAUGCAUUACGCCCGGGAAUCCCAUUGUGCAAUAUGCAGGCAACCUUAUACUCAUUUCCCAAGUAUCUGCCAACUCCUCCAUCACUUGCUUUUAAAGCUUGAACCCGUGGAAUACAAAAAGAGGGAAAUGGAAGUACUAGAGCAAGAGAGGAGCGUGGAUACCUUUUCUCCACAAAUCAUUGAGUUCUUAAACUCCAAGAACAACAAUGGCGAAAAUGGAAAAGAUUGGGGCAACAAGCUUGAAGAUGGCAAAACUGGACCUCCAGGAGAAGCCUCAGUUGAUGACAGUACUAUGAACGAGCAUUCAAUGAAAAUAAAGUUAGAUGAUGUGUCUUGUCCUAUCUGCAAGGAGCUGCUGUAUCAACCUGCUGUUCUUAACUGUGGUCAUGUGUAUUGCAUAUCUUGUUUGCCUUCCGUGGGUGAUGAAGCAUUGAAAUGUCAAGUCUGUGGAGGUCUUCAUCCUGGAGAUUUUCCUAAUGUUUGUUUAGAUCUUGACCACUUUCUGGAAGAAUAUUUUCCAGCAGAAUAUGAAUCAAGACGCAAGAAACUUCAGCUUGAGAAUAGCCAAUGCAAUCCUGAAGGAUCAUCUUCAAGUACUUCAUGCAAGAAGGGAACUUUUGUACAGAAGACUCUAGACUUAUCAAAUGUUCACAUUGGAGUUGGCUGUGACUCAUGUGGGGUCUAUCCGAUACGAGGCAAGCGAUACAAAUGCAAGGAUUGCACAGAGGCAAUUGGAUUCGACCUUUGCGGGGAAUGCUACGACAGCACUUCAAAGCUCCCAGGCCGCUUUAAUCAGCAGCACACACCUGACCACAGGAUGGAACUCGAUAAUUCAUCACUGUUUGACGCGUUCCUGAGAUUCCAAGGGAUACCCGCGGAGGGUCUGCAGCAGCUGGUACAACAAAUGGAGCUCAUUGGUGCUGGUGGCAUGGUGCAGAUAGUGGCUGAUGAUGAAGAGAUGGAGGACAAUCAUGAGGAUGCUUAGUUGCUGUAGGAACCAAGCAAGCAUUUCUAGCAAAGCUGGUUUGGGGAGCGAGCCUUGAAAUAUUGUGGACUUGUGGUGAUCGGAUUAAAUGAAUGUAGUGUUUGUCCUUGAUUCCUUUUGGGUCCGAAGGUCAAUUAGUCUUGUUUAUGCUUUCGUACAUUUAUUUAUUACUGUAUUAUAUUAGUCUUCCAUCUAUAUAAUAAUAAAAAGAAAUUAUAUAUC